AUGUGCAACGUUCCUUGCCGCGCAGGCAUCGUCAUGUACUGCGUUCUGCAGCUGAUUGCCUUCCUCUUCCUCCUCGUUGGCACCCCGACUGGCCAGUUCCGUGUGCCGAACAAGGUAGCGUUCAGCGGCGGCUCGUGCCUGACGGUGUGGGGCUUGAAGAACAAGUGCACCUCUACCAAGUGGGAUGUCCGAACAAGCAACUUAUGGGCGGGCUGCCCUGAGCGUCUGAAGCGCUUCCACGCGGCUGAGGCUCUGAGCGUGGCUUCCGUCGUCGUCAGCGCUCUGGCAUUCCUCUUCGGCGUCGUCAUGCUGUGCUGCUGCCGCUGUCUGCGCGGUCUGUGUCUGGUCCUGAACAUUCUCGCCACCGGCUGUGGCUGCGCCGUCACCGCGCUCAUGGUUGACGCCUUCUACAACAACCAUGAGAACGGCCCUGCACAGUACAACACCUCCUGCUACGCGCUCCGCAAGAACGGCUCCGUCACUCAGCCCCAGGCCAUUGCAGAUGGCGAUCCGGUGGUCACCAAUUACGCCUACGGUGCCGGCUUCGCCGUUUACAUUGUGGGCUGGAGCCUCUGCUUCAUUAACAUCCUCUUUCUGAUGCUACCGUGCUAG